ACACAGUUUUAAACAAUCCACGGCGCGCAGGGUUAAGAGAUUGCUCACUUGAAGCAUAUAAUAACGUGCUGUGUCAAUAAAAGAUUUCUCUCCAGCCGUCCUGUGAGCGUUUUCAACAGGAAACAUGGAGAUUCAGAAGAUUAUUCACGAUGCACUGUACGACUUCGUCCGAUCACACAUACCACAUGCAGACCUGAGUACCCUUGACGAUGUGCUGCUUUCCUACAUCAUCGGUGUGCUGGAAGAUCUGGGCUCCCAAGCAAGCAUCGAAGAAAACUUCGACGUAGAGGUGUUUGUUGAAAUGCUUGAAGCUUACAUUCCAGGGUUUUCCAAUAUUGACUGUGUUCAGGUCUGUGAAAUGAUGUUCAGCUUGGCCUCGAAAUUACCCUCAGCACGAAAUGAAGAGUUGAAGACAGAAGAAGGGAAUUGUUCUUUGUUUCCUGCUUCAGAGGAAGGAGUCCCCAUGCAGAAGGCACACAGCCACUCAUCACAUGUAGAGGGAGCCACAGCUAAGGUGAGCAAUUCAGAGUGGGAUGAGCAGGAACAGCACCUUCUGGAGAUGUUUCCCAAGUGUAGCGUGACCGAAGCCAGAAGUGCGUUAUCAAUUGCUAAAGGAGACAUGGAGGAGGCUGUUCGACUCAUCAUUGAGGGAGACGUGCAGCUCAGUCCCACCCCUCCCCUUAGUGGAAGCCAAGCAAAGAUGGUUACUGCACAGGGUGAUGAGAAGCUUAAAGCAAAUAUUUUAGAAAAGUACAUGUUGAUUGAUAGCGAGGAAGAUAAGAAAAUACACAGACCGUUCAUCCCUAAAGACGCUCCAAAGAAGAUGGUGCGUUACCAUGGCAAUCAAGUGGUGACGACUAAGGGAGAGCGCUACCAUCUGGUCAAGAAAGAUGAAACAGAGGAAAUGAAAAAGACUUAUGUUAGCCUUAAACCAGCUCGCAAAUACCGCUUUCAUUGACGUCUAUACAAAUCACAAAUCUGGUUUUUACAUUUUAUUUAUGACAGAAGUGAUUUGUGUGUUUCUGUGUGUGAGCUUUUUAUGAGUUCCUAUUUUUUAAAUACUUUUUAUCUUUUUUUUUUUUUUAUUUUGUGUGUGUGGAUGAUUCAGACUAUAUUCAACUCUAACUGCACUGACCACAUCAGAUCUUUACAAAGAAUUGUUUUGGGGAAGUCUUUUACUUUUUAAUUGUAUUUUGGUUUAGUUGUGUGUUUAUGUACCGACACCAAUUUUAUUUAACCUGUCCUACUUGCUAGGCUAGUUAAAAAACAAACAAAAAAAACAACCUGGUUUCCUCUGUGUGCGUCCGCUCAUGUUCCAAGACUUUCGACAGUCACAUAGUGGCAGACACCUACCCUUUUCUUGUGCAAGUACAUCCAUUUAUCAGUCUGUGACUAUGAAUUGUUCUUCAAAGCUAGAUAUCCUUCUCUCAUUCUCUUCUACCUCAGUAAGUGAACAACCUGUAUUAGUAGUAGUAGUAGUAGUAGAUCUAGUAGUAGUGCUUAGCUUCCCUACUUCUAUCACUUGCCACAUUGAGCGCAGCUUUUUAAAAAGUUUCUUGAUGUCUAGCCAACUUCCAGGCCAAUGAUCCAUAGAGAUGUAGUGUCUUACCCUGGAUAUCCUCCAUGUUGACGUAACCCUCAAAAAUGGCAGAUUUUGACACUGCACAUCUGCACUAUUCAGCCAAAAACUGUUUUAGAAUUCAUUGAGUUAGGCAGAAAUCUCACUCUGCAUAUGUUGAUGACCAGAUGAUUCUGGAGUAACCCUGCUUGAAUACUCAAGUUUGUAUAUCCUAGUUUAUUAACCUUGCAGCCUUCCUUCAACAAGAAUAAACCCGCUUGCUGUGGCUGGUAUACAUUGUGCAGUAUUAUAAAAACCUUAUUGUGUUUAGCUAAUCCAUUCACAAAGAUGCCCCUGGUAUGUAUAAAGAAUGUAUGCUGUCUUCACUGCCUGUAAAACGGCUGGACACCCGGCCACUUCUGUUACAUGGCACACUACAAGAAGGGUUCUCCUCAUCAUUAUGGGUAUUAUUUAGAGAGCUUCCCUAGAAAGUCUGCUGUUCUACUACCUGAUCAUCAUCAUGUACCAUCACUAGGUUGUUCCUUGUGCCAUGGGUGCCCAGGUUAUCUCUGAGCACUGUUGAGGAUAGUCUUGUAACUGUUAUUGUUGACAGCUGAUUCCCAUCCCUGAAGGUCACAUGGGAUGAACUAGAAUUCUAGUUACAUAUGGUAGGGUCCUGUAAGAAGUUUCAAGUGAAUAAUGGCUGUAUUGUGGCGAUUUUUACUGUGAAUACUGCAUCAUCCAUCACUAUGUGACUUUGAAAGCUCUUGGCAUGUGAGUGCACACACUCAAGGAGGCACCAAGUCGUCCCUUGCUGGCCCUGGCAGUUAUCCAGGGUUCAUGUAUGCCUAUGCAAGGUCUGUCUAAAAAAUAUCCAGCCAUGUAUUCACUCGAUUACAUGUUUUAAACUCAUGAUUACGUGCAGUCAGUAGCUGAUCUUUGUUUUUUGCAGCCCGCACAUGUUCAACAUUAUUUCAGAAUGUGAAUUACUUUCAGCUUUUGAACAGAUUCCCGACCACUUUUAUUUGUGCCACACUCGUUUCGUUGUCCCCAUAAGCCUUCUAAAUCAUCUGAACAGUUUUCCGUAAAGGAAUGUUCAAGCCGUUUUAAAUGUUCAUCAGUCAUUUUAAAUGCAAUGGCUACACAGUACACAUGCUCACUCAACGGUGUCUAGUGCCCCACUGUCUAAAGCAGUGAAGUCGUCAUUGUUUACGCAUAUGCAUUCCUCUCUGCUGGUCUGCCAGCUUACAUAAAUUUCUUAUAAACUGUUUUCCUUGUAUUAACAGUCCUGGACUUUUUCCGGACAGACCUUGUAUAAUCGUAGUACAUUAAGUGUUUAAGGAUAAUGAAGGUUGGUUGUGCAGUUUGAAAUCUAAUUGUCAUAGGGUAAUGAAAUGUGUCAGAAAUGCAUGCUGCUAAAAGGCUGUUCUGGUAUUUAAAAAAAAAAACUUAGCCACAUGCAUUAUUUAAGCUAGGAUGGAGUGAGAUUUAAUGCCCAAAGGCUUUCAAUGGAAAAAAGUUACUCACUAUAUUUUCUUAUGCAGAUAUAAAAGAUAUUUGAGGGUCUCCCAUGUUUUAUUUCAAAAUUAAACAUAGUGUCAAUUCUUUUGCACUUUGAGUGAUUUACACUAGUGUCAAUUCUUUUGCACUUUGAGUGAUUUACACUGGAUUUACUGUCCUUCUCAGUAUAACAUCUUUUGCAUUCUGCUGUUCUGUAUUAGAAGUGUUAUGUACUUUGGUGCUUACAGUUCUGCAUGGUUUUAGCUAAUGGAAGGUAACUGUUCAUGUAUCCCAUGACCACUAUUUAUAGUAGUACAGGAACCUUGUGUAUUAACAUUUGUGUCAUUUGUGCUCAGAUUAUGCUGUUGCCCAUGGAGAGGUGGCACCUGCUAACACAACAGCUAAUCUACAAAACUGUUAAAUUGUCUUUUUUAUUAUAAUUUUUGCUGUAUGAUUAACAUAAAAAGAUGAUGUAAACUCUUAGUCAAG